AUGUUUAUUAGGGGGGGCUUUCUCUACAGAAACCACUCUGGUCGCUACCAACCCUGGAUUCCUCAAUCGAGCACCGAUUCUGGACUACCUGCGAGAACGCACAAAAAGCGCUUCUCGUAUAGCGCCUUUUGGGCUUGGGGGUGUAGGAUUGCUAUCGAAUUCGGUCAUGAGACCUGGGCAAAAUUCCAAGCGUCAGUGUUUUGGGUUAGCGCAAGCAAUAUUACUCGCUUUCAUGAGGGAUAUACCUCAACAUUCGACAAACACAUCUCUCUAGAUGCGGAAGAGAAAUGUGACAAGCUCACCAGCGUCAAAGACUGGCUUGAUCAAGAGCAUCAUGACUGGGUACUCAUUAUUGACAAUGCAGAUGAAACAGCGUUAUUUGGAGGAAGUAAAGCCGGAAAGGAAGAUGACGAGGCUGCAUCAAUCCUAAAAUUCCUUCCAGUAUCUCAGCAUGGGGUUACGCUAAUCACGACCCGAAAUAGGGCGGCCGGGGUCAAAUUCACCAAAGGACUGGCGAAUACUCUAAUUGAGGUGCAGCCCAUGACUAGCGAGAAGUCAAAAUGCCUCAUCAAGCGUACUGUGACGGACCGUUACCUCGAAGAGAGCGACAUGGACGAGCUAUCCGACCUCCUGGGCCAUCUGCCUUUGACUAUUGUACAAGCCGCUGCAUUCAUGCAAGAAAGUUUGAUAAGCAUCAGUGAAUACAUUGAGCUUUAAAACGAUAGUGAUGAGACCAGGAUGUAUCUUCUAAGCGAGCCAUUCGAGACCCUCGGAAGGGACACGGGGUUCCCAACCGCGGUGGCCACAGCGUUGAUAGUUUUAAUUGAUCAAAUCAAGGACCGAGACCCGAAAGCCGGCGAUAUACUCAGUCUUAUUGCUUUU